AUGAGUUUUCAUAAAAUUGAUCGUGAUAGUAUAAAUUCUAUUACAAAUGCUCUUGAUUUUUUCCAAGUCCCACCAACAAAUGUAAGCAUUUCUUCAUCCAAAGUUUUUGAAAUUUUACCAAGUAAUCCUGUUACUGAUACACCUAUUCAUUUUAAGAUUCAUAGUAGUCAAAAUUACAUAGACCUAUCAAAAGUUUACCUGUUUACUGAAUUUCGCAUAAAAAAGGAAAGUGAAGAUGGAAAAUUGGUCAAAUUGGCUGCUACAGAUAAUGUAGCACCUAUACAGCUAAUAGGUCAGACAUUUAUAAAUAAUAUGCGAAUUACUGUAAAUGGAAGGGAAAUUUUUAAUUCAAACUCACUCUACGCCUACAAGACUUACUUUUCUCACGAAUUAUCUUAUUCGCAAGAGGCAAAAAGUUCUCAUUUGAACGCUGCAGGGUAUUUCUAUGACACGGACUUGAAACUUGAGGAUGGCUCAGCGUACAAUACAAGAAAAAAUUUAUUUUCUUCGAGUAAAACUGCACAAUUCAUUUCGAAACUUGAUGCAGAUAUAUUCAACCAACCUCUCUAUCUAAUAAAUCAUUGCGAAAUUGAUGUUGAAAUACUUCCAAAUGACAUGAAGUUUGUAUUGAUUGCUCCUCCAGUACUUGGAGUUGACCAACCAAUAACUUACAACUUUGAAAUUGUAAGCUGUAAGUUGUACGUCAAAAAGGUUGAUCUUAUGGACGGGCUCUCUCUUGAUAUUGCUAAGAAACUUGAAACUAAGCCUGCAAGAUAUUCAAUAAGAAAGACUAUGAUGAAACCACUUUUCAUAAGUCAGGGUAGAUAUGAAUUUAACGCAAACUUGUUCAUGGACCAAAUUCCCAGAAGAAUUACCCUUGGUCUAGUUGCAAACUCGGAUUAUGUAGGUACAAUAGCCAGGAGUCCUUUCAAUUUUCAACAUUUUAAUGUUAGAGAAAUUAGUAUUAUUGCCAACGGAAGACCAUACCCCCAGGCCCCCUAUGACUUUGACUAUAAAAAUGGGAGAUAUGUAAGGGCAUUUCAUGAUAUGAAUGAGGCUACUGGUCUGACAAACUCCUCUGAAAAUAAUGGAAUCACUUACCAACAGUAUGGAAAGACUCACUGUAUUUACGUUUUCAAUUUGACAAACAGUGGGGAUGAUAAUAGUGGGACUUUUGACCUAAUAAAAAAUGGGACUACAGCCAUAAACAUCAAAUUCAGUCAGCCAGUUCCAGAGGGUGGAGUCAUGCUAGUUGUUAUGGGCGAGGCGGACUCCCUUAUAAUGCUAGAUAAAAACCGGACAAUAGCAAGCGACACUACCAUUUGA